AUGCUGGGGGGUCCGGAGUGGCCCCAGCGGGAGGCGAGCCCCCCCAGGGACCCCCUACCUAGCUUUGGAUUCACACAGGAGCAGGUCGCGUGUGUAUGUGAGGUACUUCAGCAGGCUGGUAAUAUUGAACGUCUGGGCAGGUUUUUAUGGUCAUUACCGGCUUGUGAGCGUCUGCAUGCCCACGAAUCAGUUCUUAAAGCCAAAGCCAUGGUCGCCUUUCACCGCGGGAACUUUAAAGAGCUGUACAGACUUCUGGAAUCACACAACUUCAGUGCACACAACCACGCUAAGCUUCAGAAUCUAUGGUUGAAAGCACAUUAUAUGGAGGCGGAACGUCUUCGAGGUCGACCUUUGGGAGCUGUGGGGAAGUACAGAGUCAGGCGCAAGUUCCCACUACCAAGAACUAUAUGGGACGGAGAGGAAACUUCAUACUGUUUUAAGGAGAAGUCUCGUUCAGUGUUAAGAGAUUGGUAUCUUCACAAUCCUUACCCUUCGCCUCGUGAGAAAAGGGAAUUGGCUGAAACAACGGGACUCACCACUGUACAGGUGUCAAAUUGGUUUAAAAAUCGCAGACAACGCGACAGACAGGCCGAGCACAAAGAUAGCGGCGGUCCGGGAGACAAGCAACUGGAUUCAUCCACAGACGACGACAGCGACGCCCCGCACCCCGCGCCGCACGCGCCCCCCCUCUACCCGCUGUACGAACAUCCGCUAGCUCACCUACAGUACCAUCACUCGUGA